UUGUCCAACUUUUUGGAGCUCAUCUAACUCCUCGGUGCCCUUCUUCUUUCUUCUCGCCAAUUCUCUUGUAGCCAGACACCAGGACCAUGAAGGUCGCCAGUGGCAGCGCUGCAGCCACCGCGGGUCCCAGCUGCACGCUGAAGGCCGGCAAAACGGCGGGCGGUGCGGGGGAGGUGGUGCGCUGCCUGUCCGAGCAGAGCGUGGCCAUCUCGCGCUGCGCCGGGGCGCGCCUGCCCGCGCUGCUGGACGAACAGCAGGUGAACGUGCUGCUCUACGACAUGAACGGCUGCUACUCGCGCCUCAAGGAGCUGGUGCCCACCCUGCCCCAGAACCGCAAAGUGAGCAAGGUGGAGAUCCUUCAGCACGUCAUCGACUACAUCAGGGACCUGCAGUUGGAGCUCAACUCGGAAUCCGAAGUCGGAACCCCCGGGGGCCGGGGGCUGCCGGUUCGCGCUCCGCUCAGCACCCUCAAUGGCGAGAUCAGUGCCUUGGCGGCCGAGGCGGCAUGUGUUUCAGCGGACGAUCGCAUCUUGUGUCGCUAAGGCCCCCGCACUCAGGGACUGCUGGACCCCAGCUCUCCAGGAGGCAAGAGGAUUAAGUGCGCCCGGUCCUCCCCAAGCGCUCACCCGGAGCUGGGGAAACAGACACUUCGGCGGCCAUCGGAUGCUUGCUGGAUCGGGCCGGGGCUGGAGGAAUAGACGAGGGGAGGCCGACCUUCUCCACAACUGCCAGCCUCCAGAGACUUGGGGAGGGGGUGAUAUCCCCCUACCGUGUGUUUCUAUUUUUUGAAAAGCAGACAUUUUAAAAAAUGGUCACGUUUGGUGCUUCUCAGAUUUCUGAGGAAAUUGCUUUGUAUUGUAUAUUACAAUGAUCACCAACUGAGAAUAUUGUUUUACAAUAGUUCUGUGAGGGUGGCUUUUUGUUGUUUUAUUAAACAAGUACUUUAGAUGUUGGAAAAGUUGCAAUGACUUCUUGGAUUGAGGGGAAGGGUCCGGGUUUUGGGUUGACCUCUGACCCUUUUCACAGCUGGUGUUGGGAGGAGGGAGCCCAGACGGCCACAUCUGGACUGUCACUCUUAACAGACCUGAGUGAGCAUUUCCGGUGUCUUUAAAGUCUAUUCUUUUCCCCUUGUCCCUGGCUAUUUCCCCGUUUCCUGGUGCCAUAAAAUUAAAUUCUCUCGAAGUGGUCACUAGGCCAUCUGGAUCACCUGGGGAGGUUGUUAAAAUGCAGAUAAACCUGCUGAGGACCCCUCUGGGUUGGGAGUAUUCAAGCCCUUUAAGUUGGAGAAUCGGUCAUUGGGUCAUCUGCCUCUUUGGCAAGGUGGGGGAAGUGAAUCCCAAUGGAAAGGGGAAUUCUAAGGACAUAUUGUCUGAAGCAGGCCUUCUGUUCCCCCAUUCCCUAGUAAGAUGUGCCUCCCCCAGCCAGCGAGGCACCUCCCUGCUGUGUGCCAGCAGGCUGCCCUGGGGCUUCUGGCCAGUCCAAGUGGGUGAUCAAAUUGGCAGAGCCAGGCUGUGCACAGCUGCUGGGCCACCUGCUCUGGCUCCGGACUGUGCCCCCUCACCCUGGCCUGGCUGUGCCAGCAGCUCAAACCAACCUCUCCCCUGGGGCUACUGUGUGGGCUCUGAAGAGGAGUGGGCUACUCGUGUCCCCAGCUUCUGAGCAGGAAAUAGAUGUCACUGACAAGGGACUGUCUGCCUGGACUUGUGGGUUUGUGCUAGAAGGGAAGUGUGUAAGUGUCUGGGCUUGUGUAUGGGAUUAGAGUAAACUGGUAGCCCUCCCCACCGUGAGUCUGGGUCACUUGUACAUGCCUGUUGGGGGAGGGGGGGUGAAAGAGGAUGUGCUUGUGUUGCGGGUAUAAUGGCAAAUG